AUUAACUUUUCUGGCCCACGUGAAUUGCAGUCAAACUAUGGUGCUAAACGUUCAAGCUUGAAGAAGCAAAAAUUCAUUUUUAAAGUCCAUGAUGUCUUGGGUUAAGUCUGUACAGUACAGUGGAGAGGAUGUAUUUGACGAGGAUGCGGAUGAUAUUAAUUUACAGGACAAAGAAUGGAAGUACAAUAUGAAGAAACGUGUGAGGGACGGCUAUGUUGAUGGCAUCGACCAUGGAAAAGAAGCAUCACUCCAGCUUGGUUUCAACAUGGGAUACAGAGAAGGAGCUGCAAGCACCAUCGCCAUUGGGAGGCUAAAAGGAAUAAUAAGUGCUAUACAGUGCUGGUGCCAGCUCCAGAGACCAGACACCCCCACCUCAGUGACUGACCUCCUACAACAGGUUGUAAAGCAUGAGGACUCUCUCAUGGAGGCAAUGAGGACGGCUUUGGAGAACCCCAUACCCAGCGUCAGUGACGUCUCAGAGAACAUGGAGGAUCUGGGGGUUGGAGAGGUUGAGUCGGGCUGCUGUGGAGGCGGGGGAUGCAGCAAGGGCUCAGACUGCUGCAGGAAAGACAGUGAUAUGGACCUUGGUCCCAUCUUGCCACAAAAGCCCAGUUUGAGCUUCACACUGCCCACAGACCCCUUUACCAUUACAGGGGAAAGUCUUGAGCAGCUUCUACAGUGUUGCAUGGACAUAGUGUCUGAACUGGGUCUGCCCCAGGAACUGAUUUGGCAUCUACAGAAGCUGAAGAGUGCAACAGAGUGAAUGUUAGCUCAGUUGCUAGGAUAAUGCCACGGAAGACUGAACUGGUGUGAAUUUUUCAUUGAAUUUGUAACAUGAUACUGUAUGUAAUACAUUAUUUAUUAUACAUUAUUUUCUUAUAUUCCAAUUGCAUAUAUGCAUUAAACGUUUGAAAAUUAAACUAUAGGGUAAGUUGGAUCCUUAUACUAUAGUGCCUUUAUGCUAAAUAUUAAAAAGAUUGACUUGUAGUCUGCACGUGAUGAUAUGUUGUCUUCAUAUUAUACUUUUUUUUACGAUUUUGGCCUCUUACUAUGCAAACAAUGAGCUAGAUAGAAAAUGAAUUUCCAAUGCAUUCCUGUACAGAUGUAAUGAAAUCUAGGCAAUACCUUUCUGAUACCUUCCCACGGGGGGGGGCAGUAUGAAAAAUGUAUGCACUCACUAACUGUAAGUCGCUCUGGAUAAGAGCGUCUGCUAAAUAUCUAAAAAUCUAAUAAUCAGCUGUCUGUUGUUCCCCACUUGAUGAAUAAAUAGUCUACUACUGGUA